UUAAUAAUGUUGAGAUAUAUCUUUUUCGCUGCUAUUCUUUUCUUCGUCUUCCCAAACACCGAGUCCGCUGGAUUUCUCAAAUUUGAGUUAACAGCCGACAGAGACUGUCUCCUUCAUUUGGAACAUUCUUCAACAUAUUCUGAAACAGUGCGCCUUCUAGCAUACGAAUCCCGACCAUUGGAAAUCUAUACUCAAGGUUCUAUUAAUGAGAUUCCAGUUCAUUUCCAACUACUUCAUCAUUUCUCUGGUAAAGCAUUAUCAGAGGCUAAAUUUCAAAUUUUCCAAUUGAAAAAUAAUGGACUUUGGGAUUCAAAAGUUAUCGAUACUGAUAAGGUUAUUCUUUCGGUUCGUUCAACUUUUUAUUGUGAAAAUGGAUAUUUCGGUCCAAUUUGUGAUCGUCGUUCACGGACUUUUGCUCCAAAAUCUGAUAUUCAAACUUCAACACCUGGAUACCAAACUCAAGUUUUGAAAUUUGAUUUCAAAAUAAGUGACGACAUAAUCAUCUACUCCUCUCUUGCAUUUUUCGUGCUCCUGCUCAUUAUCUUCAACUGUAUUCUGUGCUGCUAUCGCCCGAAGAAGUCUCAAAAAUAUCUAGAUGUAUCACUCGGUUCUCCAAAAGUAUUCUCUAUUUGUGGAUACUCUGCAGAUAAAUCAGGAAACACUACAGAAUAUUUGGAUGCACCAAGCCGAUUUUUCUCGUCUACUAAAAUUGAAUGUGUCGUAUAAAUAUUUGAAUAAUCGAACCUACAUAAUAUUACGUUCAUCAUAUUGUAACAAAUUCUUCAAAUUCAUUAUUCUCCUCAAUAAAUUUA